AUGGCUGUAGCAUCUACGUCGGCCAACCACGCCGGCCCAUCGACAUCAGCUUCGAUGGCCGAACAGCCAAGUCUGCCCCCGCUCUCAGACUUGCUGGCUCGAUCCUCCAAACGAGCGAAGCUUCUCUUCCAAAUCGACGACGAAUAUGACUUUGACAACUUUGGCGAUAUCAAUGCACUAGAACCGACGAAAGCGCACCUCUCCUCUAAGAUCAGCUCAGAGUAUUCAGAUGCAAAGGUCUUGCCGGCUGCCAUUCUGGCGCAGCAACAGGUGGCUGCCGGGCCGGUGCGACCGGGAGCCUCAGGUGCUGCAGCAGCAUCGGCGACGGCGAGUCGGCCAUCCAAACGAAGAGGGGACGAGACCCACCUCUCGAGAUUGAUAGACCAGCUUGAUGGGAGCUCCCCGGUACCGGCAGGAGCUGUAGGCCCUGUCGCACCUCCUUCCACCAGCCAAGCUCUUACGAUUCGAAGCAAUGGCGCUCCAGGCGCAGCGGCACCAUCCGCAAACUCGGCGUCCUCGUCUGCGCUUGCUCUUCAUCGAGGUGGGACAUCCGGCUUGCUCUCUCAAGCUCUCAUUCAAAAGAAGGAGAUGGCGAAUCGCAAAGCCAAGCCCGCAUACCAUCCCAACUGGAAGCUCUCACGCGUCAUCUCAGGCCAUCUGGGCUGGGUCCGAUGUGUCGCGGUAGAGCCGGACAACAAGUGGUUUGCGACAGGCUCUGGUGACCGCAUGAUCAAGAUCUGGGACCUCGCAUCAGGCGAGCUCAAGCUUUCUCUCACAGGCCACAUCUCGCCCGUGCGAGGCAUUGCAGUAUCAGCGAGGCAUCCGUACUUGUUUUCGGCUGGCGAGGAUAAGGUGGUCAAAUGCUGGGACUUGGAGACGAAUCGAGUCAUUCGACAGUACCGCGGACAUCUCUCCGGCAUCUACUCGUUGGCGCUGCACCCGGAACUGGAUGUGGUCGUCACGGGAGGCAGGGACUCUACGGUUCGGGUGUGGGACAUGCGCACACGAAUGGCGAUCCACACCAUGACGGGACAUCGCGGCACGGUCGCUUCACUUGCAUGCCAGGCUGCAGAACCACAAAUCAUCUCGGGGUCCAUGGACGCCACGGUCAAGCUGUGGGACCUGGCUGCCGGCAAGUCGAUCACCACGCUCACGCACCACAAGAAGAGCGUCCGUGCACUCGCCAUGCAUCCCACCCAGUACACUUUCGCAUCCGGCAGUGCGGGAGGCAACAACAUCAAGACUUGGAAAUGUCCCGAAGGAACACUGGUUAACAACAUGGCCCACGAUACCAUCGUGAACACACUGAGCGUCAAUGCGGACGGUGUGCUGUUCAGCGGUGGUGAUGAUGGCAGCCUCAAGUUCUUCGACUAUGCGACGGGCACACCGUUCCAAGCGGCAGAAGAUGUUCCGCAGCCAGGGUCUCUGGAUGCUGAAGCAGGUGUGUUUUGCUCGACCUUUGACCAGACAGGGACCCGUCUUAUUACAGGCGGUGCGGACAAGACCAUCAAGAUCUACAAGGAGGUGUAA